UCUUUACAAGCCUGAGUCACACCACACCCCAUGGGGGUGAGCCAAGUCUUCACCCUGCCUCACCUUAGGUAGGGGGCUCCCGUGGAACCCCUGUCUGCCUGGGGGAGUCAGGCCUGGGAGCUGUUCCCCUCUCCUGACUUCUCACCCAGUGCUCCUGUAACCCAGCAAACAGCCUUGAGAUGCACUAAAUUGCGCUGAGGUUCUGACAGCUUGCAAAGCAAAUUCUUUGCAACUGUUAUAAAGGUCUCAUUGCUUAAGUGUAGUCCAGCAAAACCACCAAGCCCCCUCCACACCCAAGACUCAGACUUGCAAGGGAAGUGAAAUGUGCCUGCUAGGCGGCCAGAGUGACCAUGCCUAGCCCAGCACUUCUUGGGGGGAAUAUAUGGAAGGUUCCAGAAGAGGUAAGGAUUCCUCAUGCAGAGUGACAUGCUGGAGCCCAGCUUGCUUGUGUUCGUGGCCUCCCUGCCUCCUGCCAGUCUACUGGACCUCUCUCCUUCAGUGUCCUUGUCAGUACGUAGGAUUGUUCCAAGUGGCACCUUGGCUGGUGGUAAUGAGUUGAUGUAAAGCACCGAGAAUAGGGUUUGAUGUGUAUGCAUUCGGUGCCUACUAUAUGCCAGGUGCUGUUGAUACAAACAUGAGCAAAUAAGAAGAAACCCGGCCCUCCUGGACUUCCUAUUUGGGGGUGGCAAGGGUGUAUAGCACGCACUCAAUAAGGUCAUCAGCACCCAAUCAGCUCAGAGGUGCAGAUCUUUGCCAAGGAGUUGCACACUGGCCACAGGGUGUUUUUCUCAUGAGCUUUGGCUGUGGGGUUGGCAUCUCACAGCUGUAGUGUCUUGUCAACCGGUGACUAUUGGCACACAAAAUGUGCUGCCAACAACAUUUGAGGUCCAGGAGUUCCCCGGGCCAGCCUUGUCCUUGACCCCACCUGCCUGUCAAAGAAAGGGUGGGUAUGUUUUGCAUCAGCAGUGAACAGGGUCAAAGUUUAGUCGAUCAGAAGUUGUGUAAGGACUCACUGUGGCUGGUCGCGGCCUGAGGCCUCCCAACACUCAUUAACAACUGCUCAAUGAUUAUCUCCCUGGAUUUAUUGUGGUGACUUGGACCAAAACAUCCCUGACCGUGGCGCUGAUCCAAAGACCUGCCCCCGACGUCACAGGCGAGCCUCCCUGGGUGUAUCAUAGGGGCAGGGCCGUCCUCCACGGUAUUUAAGGCAGGAGGCUCCACCGCCAAGCACGGCCUUCCCACUGGGAACUCACAGUCGCCGGCGGGAAGAACACGGCCAGCCUCCCUGGAUCUGACGGGAGACCUCCCAAAAGGAAGGCAGGUGACCCUGGCAUUUGUGCCCCUUACCACAGCUCUGCAGAAAUGCCUCCUCAGCUGCACAACGGCCUGGACUUCUCAGCCAAAGUCAUCCAGGGCAACCUGGACAGCCUGCCCCAGGCGGUGAGGGAAUUCGUGGAGAGCAGCGCCAAGCUGUGCCAGCCGGAGCACAUCCACAUCUGCGAUGGCUCCGAGGAGGAGAACGGACGGCUGCUGGGCCGCAUGCAGGAGGAGGGCAUCAUCAGGAAGCUGAGCAAAUACGACAACUGCUGGUUGGCACUCACUGACCCCAGGGAUGUGGCCAGGAUUGAAAGCAAGACAGUCAUCAUCACCCAGGAGCAGAGAGACACGGUGCCCAUCCCCAAAACCGGCCUCAGCCAGCUGGGUCGCUGGAUGUCAGAAGAGGACUUUGAGAAAGCCUUCAACGCCAGGUUCCCAGGGUGCAUGAAAGGUCGGACCCUGUACGUCAUUCCAUUCAGCAUGGGGCCGCUGGGCUCCCCGCUGGCCAAGAUCGGCAUCCAGCUGACGGACUCGCCCUACGUGGUGGCCAGCAUGCGGAUCAUGACGCGGAUGGGCACGCCUGUCCUUGAGGCCCUGGGCGACGGGGAGUUCAUCAAGUGCCUCCAUUCCGUGGGGUGCCCCCUGCCUCUCAAAAGGCCUCUGGUCAACAACUGGGCCUGCAACCCAGAGCUGACGCUCAUUGCCCACCUGCCGGACCGCAGAGAGAUCGUCUCCUUCGGGAGUGGGUACGGCGGGAACUCGCUGCUGGGGAAGAAGUGCUUUGCUCUCAGGAUAGCCAGCCGGCUGGCCAAGGAGGAAGGCUGGCUGGCAGAGCACAUGCUGAUCUUGGGCAUAACCAACCCUGCGGGGGAGAAGAAGUACCUGGCGGCAGCUUUCCCCAGUGCCUGUGGGAAGACCAACCUGGCCAUGAUGAACCCCUCCCUCCCGGGGUGGAAGAUAGAGUGUGUGGGCGACGACAUCGCCUGGAUGAAGUUUGACAACCAAGGUAACUUAAGGGCUAUCAACCCAGAAAAUGGGUUUUUUGGUGUUGCUCCUGGCACCUCCGUGAAGACAAACCCCAAUGCCAUCAAGACCAUCCAGAAGAACACCAUCUUCACCAACGUGGCCGAGACCAGUGACGGGGGCGUUUACUGGGAAGGCAUUGAUGAGCCGCUGGCCGCGGGAGUCACCAUCACCUCCUGGAAGAACAAGCAGUGGAGCCCGCAGGAUGGGGAACCUUGUGCCCAUCCCAACUCGAGGUUCUGCACCCCUGCCGACCAGUGCCCCAUCAUCGACGCUGCCUGGGAGUCUCCGGAAGGCGUGCCCAUCGAGGGCAUCAUCUUUGGAGGCCGCAGACCUGCAGGUGUCCCUCUGGUCUACGAAGCCCUCAGCUGGCAGCAUGGUGUGCUCGUGGGCGCGGCCAUGCGAUCAGAGGCCACGGCGGCGGCAGAGCACAAAGGCAAAGUAAUCAUGCACGACCCCUUUGCCAUGAGGCCCUUUUUUGGCUACAACUUUGGCAAAUACCUGGCUCACUGGCUGAGCAUGGCCCAGCGCCCAGCAGCCAAGUUGCCCAAGAUCUUCCACGUUAACUGGUUCCGGAAGAACAAGGAAGGCAAGUUCCUCUGGCCAGGCUUUGGGGAGAACUCCAGGGUGCUCGAGUGGAUGUUCAACCGGAUCAAUGGGGAAGACAGCGCCCAGCUCACACCCAUCGGCUACAUCCCGAAGAAGGAUGCCCUGAACCUGCAAGGCCUGGGGGACAUCGACCUGGAGGAGCUCUUCGACAUCUCCAAGGAGUUCUGGGAGGAGGAAGUGGAAGACAUCGAGAGAUACUUGGAAGACCAAGUCAAUGCUGACCUCCCCUCCGAGAUCACCAGACAGGUCCUUGCACUAAAACAACGAAUCAGCCAGAUGUAAUCAGAAGCUAAGGGCCUUAGCUUUAGAAUCUUCCCUUUCCAUUCCAUAGGAUGCACUCAGAGCAAGAGAAAGCGAGUCUUCCCAAAUCGGCACCAGCCACAGCACAAUGAGCACACUGUUGAGCAGAUCAGAAAGGCACAUUUAAUU